AUGAGCAAAUUGCGAGCUCCUCGUCUACUGUUUCUUCUACUCCUUGCCGUUUUGGUCAAAAUUUCCUGGCAAUUUGUCAGAGAUGAGAGUUUUCUGCGUUUUUGUGAGACUGCUGGAUCAACACGAAAACUAACUUUGGUGCAAGAUGCGAAAAGUGUCGAAGCUGACACUUGCGAAGUUUUAUGGAAACAAUUUCCGGCGUCCAGUGAUGUGAGUUUGAUAUUUUCCUAGUGAAUUUUUCCUACAGUAUUCUGAUUUUAUGAAAAUGAUAAAUUGAUUGCAGGAAGAAGCGAAAAUGUAUUGCAAGAACUGGGGACCAUACAGUCUUCUGGACUACAAAAUGGAAGACGGCAAAACAUGGUGCAAAUAUGAGAAUAUUUACUCCUGCGACACUGGCUACACUCAAAUCAAUGGACUUUGCUACAAACGAAUGGGACACGUAAAAGUGGUGGAAAAUGAAGGAGCAAAAGCGAUUUGCGAAAAAGAAUCUCGUGUCAAUCGUCGUGGAAAAACUGUCAAAAGUGAGGUGAUCAAAUUGUACGAUCUUGAUUUGAUUCGUUUGAUCGAAGCAUUUUUCGCGGAUAUCACUCAAUUUUUGGUGCAAAAUAAUGAUGUGCUUGACGAAUAUGUGGAGUUUGAUGGAGGAGAUUCGAAAUCGAAUCAUCAUUCGAGAUAUAUUGUUGCUGUUGGCACUGCUACUCAUUAUAAUGUUGGACCUGGCACAUUGAUUCGAUUGUCUGCAACUAGUACUUCGAGAAUUCCAAGCCAGGUUUUCUGCCAAUAUCAGCCUGAUGAAACACCGCUUAGCUUUGGUGUUAAAGGUAAACCAGAUUUUCCUGUAGAUCACGAAAAUACACAUGAAAACUGGAAAAUUCCGAGAUUUUCAUGAUGAAAUUUGUGAUCUAGAAAAGUUGAAUGUUUUCAAAAACCCUCCAAUUUUGCAGCCAGAAUGAUUGUGCCAUAUUAUUAUCCAAGUGUUCGAAAUGGACCAAUGACUGCUUGGCGAACUGCCAAUCAUUAUAGUUUGAUGAGACAUGGUCGUGGUGUACACCCAGUCGAUUUGUGCAGCAAAUCUUUGAGUGCAAUCACUGGUUCGGAUGGCGGAGAUGUUUGGAAUGCGACGAUUGUCAAUGCUGCAAGAUUGACAACUGAAUUCAAAAAUGAGUUUGUCAAAUCUUAUGCACCAGUUUAUCAUUGUUGCUAUUCAUAUUAUCAUUUUUAUGAUGAAGAUCACAAAUACACAAAAUAUGGGGAGGCGGAGAGACAUGUGUAUUUGUCAAGAGAUUACUCGGACAAAAUUUGCUAUGCAAAACCUGAGGUCAACAAUGAUUUCUCGAUUCGAAAAACUUAUGUUGGAUGUAAAGGGGAAUUGCAAAGAGACACUGUUAGAUCUGAAAGCUCUUUCAUUUUUACACCUGAGAAAAUGUAAGUUAAAUUGUUCUUGGGGUGUUAGAAUUCUUGAUUUUUCUUUUUUCUGGAACCUCAAUUGUUUCGAUUCUUCAAAUUAAUCUGUUUUUUUUGUUAAUUUUUGAUUCCCGAGCAAAAUAUGAAUUCCCGAAUCCGACGAAUUUAGGGUAGAUCACGAAUUUCCGCGUGAAGAGUGCAAAAGUUGAGAAUUUCAUGGUGAAAAUUGUGAUCUCCAUAAAAAACUGGUCCAGAACUUCAAGUUCCGAGCCUUCCGACAUAGUAGAUUUUUCCAGACACCAGAUUCUGAUUAUUUCAGGAACGACCUCGACAUCACCGAACAAAACCAGCGCGUCAACGAUGCUCCACUUCUCUGCUCAAUCUACUAUCGCCUCAGCGACAAACCCACCAAAUGUUUGUCCGGUUGGAUUCCGCACACGCGCAAAAAUGGGCAGAAUGUUUGUUUUGGUGGUCACAUUCCACAAUUUAUGUCCUAUUCCAAUGCCACCCAAUGGUGUCGCACAUUGGGCGGCGAGCUUGCCACAUUUUCCGAUCAAGAUGAGAUUAAAAUCAUUCACUCGAUCGCUGCACCGCAUAUUCAUUCGGUUUGGAUUGGUAUGAGAGCUCAACCGGAUUGCGCAGCAAGAUCCACAAAUCGAGAUGGCCAUUGUGGUCUAUUGAAUGUGAGAUUUUUAUUUGAUUCCAACAUUUCUAUUUUUUGCAGUAUGGAUUCUGGGAUAACGAAUACGGAGAUAGUUCGAAAGAAGUUAUGGAACUAGUUGCUGCUACCUGGGAGCCUAGUGAUGAUGAUCAAGUUAAAGAACAUCAAUGUGUUCAGUAUUAUCCGAAACGCAAAACUAUUUACGACUAUUAUUGUAGUGGAACAAGGGAUGCGGCCUAUCCAAUGUGUAUUUCGGGCUAUCAAUUGUACGAUUGA